AUGGAACUUAUUUUACCUAUACUCCUUUUGAUCCUAACCUACGUCAACAUAUGUUACUGUGGCCGUCCAACAACUAAUCGGCAAUUAGAAAAGACGUUGUUAGCCAAAUAUGAGAGACGUCACCGACCAGUCAAAAAGGAAUCCACAUCUACGACUGUCAAAGCGUUCAUUGUGAUUAAUCACAUUGAAGAAGUCGUGAGUUUUUUUAAAUUUUUGUAGGACCAGCGGGCUGAAAACAAAUUUUUUGCUAUUUUUUGUUUUGUAAAGAAAGUUUUUGCCAUUUUAUGCCUUGUAAAGAAAGUUCUUGCUAUUUUCAUCAAAAAUAGCAUAUUUUACAACUAACUUCGCUUUAGAAUCAAGACGAACAAACAAUGAUAGUUCAUGGAAUGUUGUGGGCGCAGUGGAAAGACGAAUACUUAACUUGGGACCCCAAGAAGUGGUCCAAUGUUGAUAUGAUCAGUAUUCAACCGUGGAAGAUCUGGCAGCCGGCUUUUGCCUUGUACAAUUCGGCCAAAACCAAUAGUUGGUAUCUGUACAUGAACGGACAGCCGGCUACUGUAACUUCGAAUGGCAAAGUGAGCGCUAUUGGAGCGUUCACUUUUCAUGUCACUUGUUCAUUUGACUUUUCAAACUUUCCGUAUGAUACUCAGGUAAGGUUUAUACUUGGGCGCUUUAUAUUAUAUAAUUGGGAAAAGUUAGAUCAAUGCUUAGCCUAAGUCUUAGGGUUGGCCUUAGCCUUAGCCUUAGCCUUAGUCUUAGCCUUAGCCUUAGUCUUAGCCUUAGCCUUAGCCUUAGCCUUAGCCUUAGCCUUAGCCUUAGCCUUAGCCUUAGCCUUAGCCUUAGCCUUAGCCUUAGUCUUAGCCUUAGCCUUAGCCUUAGCGUUAACUUUAGCUCUAGCUUUAGUCCUAGCUUUAGCUAUAGCUCUACACUUAGUUCGCUCUAGGCCUAGGUUCGAGCCUUACCUGUAGUUCUAGGCAUACCCCUAUCUUUAGCUGUGCGCUUUGUACCAACCGCUUAAGUUUUUUUUUAGCUUUAACCUUACAAAUUGUUAGCCUUAGACUUGGCUCUAGCUUUAACCUUGAAUUUAGCUACCUUAACCUUCCUAAAAUUGCUCGGGAUGGGCCGAUUUUCUAUAAACAAAACUGCCUACCUCGGUUCUGUCUUUGGUCUGCCUAACUUUACUGUAACCUUCUCCAACCCUAAUUUUGAACUAAUCUUAUAGGACUGUCCGAUAGUGAUAGCUGACUGGGUUUAUGAUUUGUCCAAGGUUAAUCUAACGAACAGUGGAGUGUUGCCGAAGCCUGUUAUUCGAUUGAGUACGAAUCCAUUUAGAGGAACGGCUAAGAAGCAUGUUGCAGGUGGGUUUUGA